GGAACAAAGAGGGGCCGCAGAUGAGAUCCAGAAUCCAGGCAGCUCCUAUCUCUGACUUCAUCUCCUCUUCUUCUCCGUGUCUUUUUUGGAGUUUUGGUUUGGGGGUUUUGGAGGACUCCCCUUACCAUGGAUCACUCUCUGUUUGGAUGCCUCCGCAGCCCCCACGCCCCCCCUCAGGGUCUGCACGCCACCAUCAGCCCCUCACCUUUGACCUUGCAUGGUCGGAGUGACCACAUCUCCUACCUGGACCUGCCCAGCUCUUCACCACCCUGCAGCUUCUCUACUGGAGAUGAUAACAGCGUUUUCAGCACUCAGGCACAUCGGGGUCACUUGUCCCAACAGCCACCAAGCAGCUGGCCCCUCCCACUGCAGGUGACCUCCCCUAAUAGCCGGCAUGGCGUCUGUCUGCCACCGCUCGAGGCCUCAGCCCCUGAACUGUGCACAGGGGGGUCUAACACGUGCAGCACGAACCCGAGUUUGGACAGUGGAGACCAAACAGGUUUAUCAGUGGAGUAUGGAGAGCAGUGUGUUUCCUCUGAGGACACAGAAAGGCUGAGGAGUAAAGGCAAGAACGAAAUCACAGAGUCCCCGGACGGCAGCUAUAAGUCAGACAUGAGCAGCAAGCCGAGGAAGGAGCGCACGGCCUUCACCAAAGAGCAGAUCCGAGAGCUGGAGUCUGAGUUCGCUCACCACAACUAUCUGACCCGACUGAGACGCUACGAGAUUGCUGUCAACCUCGACCUCACCGAAAGACAAGUAAAGGUGUGGUUCCAGAAUCGUAGGAUGAAGUGGAAGCGAGUGAAGGGAGGCCAGCAGGGGGCAGCAGCGAGGGAGAAAGAACUGGUCAAUGUAAAAAAAGGGACGUUACUGCCGUCUGAGUAUUCAGGGAUCAUAGGACUGCAGCGAUCACCGAGCCCGCCGAGGACGGCCACCGAGGACAACAGCAGGGACAGUGACCAGAGCUCCCAGCAGCCCCAGCUAUGACCUGGAGAGGAGCUAAACCACAGACACAUUGAUUAGACGAUAAAAAAUAAGAUCAGAGAUUCCUUAGAGGAAAGACUGAGACUCAGAGAACAUUCCAGAGAAGAUUCACUUCAAACAAGGUCUAGGAUUUUGCACUGUCGAGGGUUUGUAUAAGUCAGUAUCAACUAAAAUGUCCAAAUGUUUUUAACAAUGAACUGAACUGACUGCACUCACUUUUGAAAUUUAAUAAUUUAUCAAAGACUUUAACCUCCAUCAAUCCAACCUCUGUGUUCAGUAUUAAAUAAUCUAACUGGAGGUUUUGUUUUGUUUUUUUUUUUCUUUCUUUGUCUUAAAGUUUACAGACC